UGAGUUUAUAAAGCUUCACCUGCCAAUAUAUUUAUGACGUGCUAAGUCUUCUCCUUUGUUAAUAGGCGGUUAUUUAAAGCGUAAGUAGGUUGUGGAAGAGUUAGAGAUGGUCAGAGUGAAAUUUGGCAUCAGUCUUUGAAGUCAUUAGUUGCUAGUCUGAACAACAUAACAAAGUAUAUGCCUUUCUGUUCAGAGUCAUUGGAAUGCUAAGAACCAAUAGUUGGAAUCCUGUGACAUGUCUCAAAAUUGUUUAAAAUGGCACGAAUGUUUUAACCCUUUGUCAUCCUCAAAUGCAAGAUACGUCUAUUAAUCUUGAACUGAUUAUUCCACCACCUAUGCAUUUUCGUCCACCUUUUUAUUACAGUCCACCCUGCUUUUGUGUAUUAUUUCAGUGUGGCGACUUAAAAUGAAACUUUGAUGUGAAGCUCUAUCGUCGUACAUUAGUUAUAUAUUUGUAAUUCUAGAGAUUACAGCCAGUGAAAAAAGGAAUGCUUGUCGAUAGUACAAUAGUAUAUCUAUAGUAUUUUUUGUAAAUAAUGUGAAUUACGACAAAAUAUUUGUGAUUCUAACGAUCGUUAAACGUCAAUCAACAAAGAUUAUCUGUGUAUAGUUAUACGGCUUGAUAACAAAUCUAUUGAAAAGUCUCUUCUCUGAAUUACAUAUUUUCACCUUUUUAGGAAGGUGUAGACUUCCAGGUUGGGGUCCUCGAGACGGUAAAAACCAAUGGCUGGAAACAACUGGUGAUAGGGCUCAAAAUCGGUCUCAGUGUCGCAGAUGUAUCCACUCCUUGUGACUUAGGAUUUCCAAUGGAACUGUUUUGUUCUUCGUUAUUGCUCUUCCUUUGUCUCACACUUCUGUUUACCGUCUCUAUUAUGCAUUUCUUCUUUCUCUUUCUUUGUGUGCUACAUGGAACGUGGUGACUCGAACUGCCGCACAUAUAUGCAAAGUUCUGUGUCGAAAACAGACAGACACCUUUUUACCACUUUAGGUGAACCAUAAAUUCAAUCUUAUCAAUUUUUAUAAUUGAUAUAAAUGAACUUAGCAUGAGUCCUCAACAAAUUCUCAGACCCAUUUCAAACUUAUCGUUUAAUGCAAAUUGCUUAAAGUUUUAAAAUUGUCGGCUGCUUCCUAAUAUUACCAAAUAAGGUAUAAUGCUAAAUGUGAGUGAUACUGAAUUCGGUUGUACGAAAAAUAGCGUCAACUAAAUUGUCUUCUGUUCUCGGUAGUAAAGCAUCACUUAAAAAAGAAAUGACCUGUGACUAAUCGCUAUCCAAAUUAUGUCGAUGCAAGCCUUUGAAAGUAACAUUACUUUGCAUACUUCCAACGUUUGAACGUAUACUUUGUCUCUAGCUAUUAAUCCGUGUGGGUAAGUAGACGUAGAUAUUUGUAGUACUAUAGUAAUUACUUAAUAAUAAAUAAUAGAUUUUUCUCUGUCUGCUUACACAGGUUCUUUUAAUUCUGUGAUGAUGUUUGAAGAGAAAGGACCAGACUCACCGCCAAUUUGUAUACAGAAAAGGAAGUCUACUAGAAAAAGCCUCCUCAUUGGGGCUUCUUCUUCGGUUAAUGACAUUUCAAGAGAGCAGUCAUUAAUUGAAGAUACCAAUGACAAGGUGGAUGAUGCUUUACCAAGUGAUAAACUAGUCGAGAGGUACAAGAGUGAAUGCCAAAAGUGGGAUCAGUUGGUGAAGGACUAUGAAACGCGUCUGACAUCACCUAAUGAUCAUACUAACUUCCCAUCUAAGGAAUGGAUCAGUACAGAUUCUGUCGCCAAUAAAUAUUUAAAUCUAAUUUAUUCCCAAAAGUAUUUCAAUACUUUCGAUUCCCUAGAGAGUUUGUCGAAUUCUCUCGUAGAUAUUAAUGACAAUAUAUUUUAUGAACUUGAGAAACUUUCUCGUCUAAUGGAAGAACAGCAUCUGUUCUUUAAAAGUCUCAGGAAAAAAUUACGUUUGAAACAAAAAAUUUAUGAAGUCAUGUACAACCUCUCCGAUUCCCCAACACAUCUCUUAUCUGAAUUUCUUGGCAAAUAA